CAUCGCCUCAUGUUUCUGGAGUUCAUCACAACAAAGCUCAACUCACCUGCUUACAACACUUUCUUAUUACAAUAAAUUCUCAGAUUAGAACCAUUUGUUUACAAAGCUAGCUCCAAUGGCGUCCCAAAUCGAGAGCCACCGCUCCGGCGCAGAGGUCGUCAGCGGAGAUGACGCCAUGUGCAGGAAGAAGUCCAUGGAGCUGCUGGAAGAGCUGGGCCUCCCCAAGGGUCUCCUUCCAAUGGAGGAUCUCCAGGAGUUCGGAUACAACCGCGCCAGUGGAUUCAUGUGGCUAGUGCAGAGGAAGAAGAAGGUGGAGCACACAUUCAAGAAGAUCAAGCAGACCGUGUCGUACGCGUCCGAGGUGACGGCCUUCGCUGAAAAGGGGAAGCUGCGGAAGAUCACUGGCGUCAAGACCAAGGAGCUCAUGCUAUGGCUAAGUGUGGUAGAGGUAUAUGUUCCCGAGGCAUUGCCUGAGAACGUCACCUUUAAAACCGGCACUGGCCUCUCCGACAGCUUCAACGCUGCUGCUUUCGCACUUGGGGAGUAAUGCCUAACCAAUCUGAGGAGAAAUAAUGCCAAAGUGCAUGAUUGUAUCAUGUAUUAGUAUGUGUUUCUUUUUCUGUUAGCAAAUACUGUUCGUGAAGAAGAGGAGUCUGUUUGUGCAAUUUCCUUUUUAUCUUUUGAGUUUGUACCUUGUAUAGUAGCAAAACGAAUUUCACUUUAUAAGAAAGCUGUAACUAUCUUUUAUGUUUAUAUAAGUAGACCUGUACCAGCUUCAUUCUUGCUCUGUUUC